GUAAUGAAUUUGCAGCAGGAUUUGAACUUGUAAUAAAAAAACAUCGGGUAAACCCUAACAACACAGAAAAGCAUAAGAAUCAUAGAGAGCGAAAAUGGGUGGAACCAGAAAUUUGAUCGUUCGUUCACUGGCCUUUCGUCACGCAAUAAAGAACACUGUGCGUCCUUUGUUAAAGAUUCACUCAAAGAUUUCCAAAUCCUCUCUCUUUGCCGCCACAAUCGCUUCUUCCACUUUCUCCUCUCACCUCUCUUUCCACAACAACUCCCGUUCCCUUUGCUCCGCCUCAGGUUCUCCCGGUGUUAUUUUAGUUAAUUCAGAGGAAGAGUUCAAUAAUAUCCUUAACAAGGUUCAAGGUUUGUUAUUACUAAUCUCUUUCCCUUGGUGUGGACCUUGCAGGUUCAUUUCUCCUAUAGUUGGGGAGCUCAGUAACAAGUACCCUCAUGUCACAACUUAUAAGAUUGACAUUGAUCAGGAAGCAAUUCGAGACACGUUGAGCAGGUUGCAGAUUACAUCUGUGCCCACACUUCAUUUCUUUCAAAACGGGAGAAAGACUGAUGAACUUGUAGGUGCAGAUGUUGCACGACUGAAUCACAUUACGGAGAAAUUAUUCAAGUAA